CAGCCGGGCUCGGAGCACUCAGUCUGUCGACGCCUGCCCUCGCAGCCGCUCGUGCCCGAGAGUGCACCAUUAAUAGCACACCUAUUACUGACAUCCCGACCUUCAAUCCGUGCGAAGGAGACGUCUAUAUCAAGGUUACCAGCAAAGCAUGUGAAGUAGUUGGCACACGCAUGCACCAAACGCACCGUGGACGUUGGUCAUGAAUUACCGGAGAUAGUGUCAGGUGGUGAUAGUUAGAGCGGGUGUAGCGACGGUAUGCGUGUGCUGGUCGCGACGCUGGCCGCGCUGGUGGCGCGCGCAGUCGCCGGCCCGCACGAGCACCGUGCCCGACAUCAUGCUCCCGAACAUACUCUCCAUUUCCCUGCUCCAGACGCACAACAACCCUAUCGAGGACACGGCGAAGCAGUUCGCUACAAUCCUGAAUUAGAUACCAUACUUCCUCGCACCGAUGAACAUGAAACCUCAUCGAAAAGAGCCAAGUAUGAAGAAGCGGAAUCAUCCUCAAAGCGUGCAAGAUACGACGAAAGAUUUUACUCCAACCACGAACGGGCUGAAGAACUCAUGGCAGACGAACCUCAACUCGGUCCCGAAGAUGAUGAUCCUUUGAUCGUUAGGACGAAAAAGGGAAAAGUUAGAGGAAUAACACUUACCGCGGCGACAGGAAAACAAGUCGAUGCUUGGUUUGGAAUUCCUUAUGCUCAAAAACCCAUCGGGGACUUGAGGUUCCGACAUCCAAGGCCAGUGGAGAAUUGGGGAGAUGAAAUAUUAAAUACAACGUCACUGCCACAUUCAUGCGUUCAAAUUGUAGAUACCGUAUUUGGCGAUUUCCCUGGAGCGAUGAUGUGGAAUCCCAACACGGACAUGCAGGAAGACUGUCUCUAUAUUAAUAUAGUUACGCCUAAACCUCGUCCAAAAAAUGCUGCGGUAAUGCUUUGGGUAUUCGGCGGCGGUUUUUACUCUGGAACUGCUACUUUAGACGUUUACGAUCCUAAAAUUCUUGUUUCGGAAGAGAAAAUUGUGUACGUUUCGAUGCAAUACCGAGUAGCAUCGUUAGGAUUUUUGUUUUUCGAUACACCGGACGUACCUGGAAAUGCUGGCUUAUUUGAUCAAAUAAUGGCAUUGCACUGGGUUAAAGACAACAUAGAAUAUUUCGGUGGGAAUCCUCAUAACAUAACUUUAUUCGGUGAAUCAGCGGGAGCUGUGUCAGUAUCUUUGCAUUUGCUUUCGCCUCUUUCAAGAAAUUUGUUCACUCAAGCGAUAAUGCAGUCGGGUGCAGCGACUGCGCCCUGGGCUAUUAUAUCUCGAGAAGAGAGUAUCCUUCGAGGAAUACGUUUAGCUGAAGCUGUUCAUUGUCCAAAUUCUAGAACAGACAUGGGACCGAUGAUUGAUUGCUUACGAAAGAAAAGCGCAGAUGAACUCGUAAAUAACGAAUGGGGGACAUUAGGAAUUUGUGAAUUUCCAUUUGUUCCUAUAAUUGAUGGAUCAUUUUUGGAUGAGAUGCCUAUAAGAUCUUUGAUUCACCAGAAUUUCAAAAAGACAAACAUUCUAAUGGGUUCAAAUACUGAAGAGGGUUAUUAUUUUAUUCUUUAUUAUCUCACGGAAUUAUUUCCAAAAGAAGAAAAUGUAGGUAUCACACGGGAGCAGUAUUUGCAAGCUGUGAGAGAAUUGAAUCCUUACGUAAAUGAUGUAGCUAAACAAGCUAUUGUAUUUGAGUACACAGAUUGGUUGAACCCUGAUGAUCCUGUUAAAAAUCGCAACGCAUUAGACAAAAUGGUUGGUGACUAUCAUUUUACUUGCGGUGUUAAUGAAUUUGCUCAUCGAUACGCGGAAACCGGUAACAAUGUGUAUACUUACUACUAUAAACAUCGUAGCAAGAAUAAUCCUUGGCCAUCAUGGACUGGUGUGAUGCACGCCGAUGAAAUCAACUAUGUAUUUGGUGAACCUCUCAACCCCGGUAAAAACUAUUCACCAGAAGAAGUUGAGUUUAGUAAGCGAUUGAUGAGAUAUUGGGCAAAUUUUGCUAGAUCUGGGAACCCUUCGAUCGGUCCAAAUGGUGAAAUAACAAAAGUCCAUUGGCCUUUGCAUACAGCAAAUGGCAGGGAAUAUCUCUCCCUUGCUGUCAAUUCUAGUGCCAUAGGUCACGGACUACGUGUGAAGCAAUGUGCUUUUUGGCAAAAAUACUUACCACAACUCAUGGCUGCCACCAAUAAGCCGGAACCUCCAAAGAACUGCACCAACGCAGCAGAUACUGCAAACAUUUCUUUCAAUACCCUCAGCUUUAGUUUUAUUGCAAUUGUUAACUUUCACUCUAUGUUAUUUAAAGUAGUAAAAUAAACUACAUCGAUAUAAUUUUAAUUA